CAAAACCAGAGUCUAUUCUCUUUCUUUCUUUUCUCUCUCUCUCUCUCUCUAAAUUUUUUCUCUCUCUACUUCUUUUCUGCUCAUCGUCUUGAGCUUGGGAGAUCGCAUAACACGAUCUAUUUUCCACGAUACGUAAAUCAAAGAGAGCUGUGGAAAUUUAUGGGAAUUUGUCUUCCUCGAGUGUGUAUUGCUGCACGCGCAUAUAUACCACUGCGAGAAAUAAAGCCUCUUUUUUUUUCCCCCCUCCCUUUGUCUGUUAGGUGAAGAAAUCGAAGUAUAAAUCUGAUCAGGAAAAAUCAUUAUUGGGUUUUUCAGGGUCUCCAAUUUUGGAAUAAGGGUGUUUGAGAUUUUCGGAGAAAAGUAACGGUGGAAAAGAAAAGCUUAACUUUUCUUGAGGAGUUUUUAUUGUUGUUAAGUUUUUAUUAUUGUUUUUUUAUUUUUGUUUGAUGAUAUCUGUGGGUAGUAGAGAUGGGAGAAAGAGGUUAGGGUUAGGAUUAGAGAUGGAGGAGACUGAGCUUGAAGAAGGAGAGGCUCUUAGUUAUCGUGAUGAGGAGGAAGAUUCCACCAUUGACCCUGAUAUUGCUCUCUCUUACAUUGAGGAGAAGCUCCAAAAUGUUUUGGGGCAUUUCCAGAAAGAUUUUGAAGGUGGUGUUUCAGCUGAGAAUUUGGGGGCAAAGUUUGGUGGCUAUGGUUCAUUUCUACCCACUUAUCAGAGGUCACCACCUUGGUCCCAUACAAGGAGUCCAGCGGAGGUCCGUAACUAUGAUUCACCAAGAUCCCCAAGAAAGCUACAUUCGGAGGAUCAAAGACAAAACUCGUUAGCUUCAUCAAGUGCUUCUCCAUCAGCAAGGUCUGGUGCUGCUUCAGGAAAAGCUGCAUCUGCUGGAAAUACCUUGAAAGGCAAUGGCUGCCUACAAUAUAGACAUGCAGAAGGGUCCAGCUUAAAAACUGAAGUCAGUAAGAAAUCUGUAAAUCCUUCUGAUCAGAGAACUCUGAAGGUCCGAAUCAAAGUUGGCUCUGAAAAUUUGCCGACACAAAAGAAUGCUGAAAUCUACAGUGGGCUCGGUCUUGUAGUCUCUCCAUCAUCUUCGUUGGAUGACAGCCCUGCAGCUAGUGGAGGGCAAUGUGGUAAACUUUUGGAUGUGCCAGAGGAAUCACCCACCAGUAUUCUUCAGAUUAUGACAUCGUAUCCUGGGGAACUACUUUUAUCCCCUCUGUCGGAAGAUCUGAUUCAUCUGACAGAGAAAAUGAAGCUUAGGGGAAGAUGUGAAACUAAAUCCAUGAACAAGAUGAACAGAGAAAGUUCUGGGACUUUAGUGAAUGGAUCUCUUUCUAGCAGGAGUAAUCAGAAAGUUCUAGACCAGAAAAAAUUGAAGUCAUAUGAAAAGGAUGAUGCCUUCUCCACUGAAUUAACAAACCCGAAAAACAACGGCGAUAAGGAUAAUACUGUUUCCCUCUUGAAGAAAGAAAAGGAUACUGAUAUUGACACUUUAGGUUGUGAGGAACUUGUCUCUAAUGCUCUGAAACUUCCACUUUUAUCGAGUUCUCAACAUGAUGCUCUGAAAGAUGAAGCGAAGGGAGAAAUCUUCUCUUCAUUCACAGAGAAGGAACAUUUUGAUAGUGAAUCUGCCCAAGAUAUUGGCAGAAUUGAGAAGUUGGGAGGAAGGAUGGGUUCACCAGGUCAAGUUUUCGAAUCUAGAAAGGGAAAUCUUGCAAGUAACAUUGCAGCUUUCCCUGAGGUGAAUGUAUGCAAGGCCGAAAAAUCUCAUGCUUUGGACCAAUCUGAGUCAAAUGUCUCUAAAGGAAGUAAAGCUCUCAGUGCUGCAGAACCCACUGGUCUGUCGAAACAGGCAGUUGUUCAGAAAGGAGGAUCUGUUAGUGAGGAAGGUUUUAAACCUGCUCGUGAGAAGUCAUCUACUGGGGCCAAGAGGAAACAAAAGGUAGCUCAAAGUAUAGAUGCUCAAGGUGCAUAUAUGACAAAAGAUGAAUUAGUGGUUGAGUCUUCUCUGACUCCUAAAAGUGGGAAGAGCCCUCAUACUAAAGGCCUUGUCUCUAAAAACAAUUCACGCGAUCUCCAGAAGGACCAUGAGAAACCAAGGGAUACGUACAAGGACUUCUUUGGAGAUGUAGGAUUUGAGGAUGAUGAUAAUGAAUCGAUUUCAGGGGAAAUGACAUCCUCUGGAAGGUUAAAAGAUGCACAAAUUGUUGGAAAAAGAAGUUUAAGCGAAGAUCGUAACACAUCAAAGGACAAAUACAGUGGUAAAAUUUCUGAAAAGCCACUUUCCGCAGAAAAAUAUCCUAGAUUUACUUCUCAUUUGCCUCCUCCUGGAAAUGGGCCAAGUUUUGAAGCUCCAAUAGGAAUGGUUCCUCUGGUUAAUGAAGAUUGGGUCUCAUGUGAUAAGUGUCAAAAGUGGAGACUUCUUCCACUUGGUACAAAUCCUAAGAGUCUUCCUGAUAAAUGGCUUUGUAGGAUGCUUACCUGGCUGCCUGGAAUGAACCGCUGUAGCAUCCCUGAGGAGGAGACAACUAAUGCUUUAAGAGCCCUUUACCAUCCUGCUGCUUCAGUUUCUGCCCCUGCUUCUGAGAAUCAACAAAUUCAACCUAAUAAUAGUGUUGUGACUUCAGUUGGAAUGGCCUCAGUCGAUGCUAGGUACCCUGAUCAAGAGCACCAAACUGUUGCUGUCCACACCGCCACAAUCAGUGGGAAGAAGAAACCUGGGUCAAUUAAGGCGGCAAAUUCAAAUGAUUAUGAUGGUUCUACUCAAUCCUCUAACUCAAGGAAGAAGAACCUCGCAACAUCUGGAAAAAUAAGUAAUUUGAACAGCGGCAACCUGUCACCUUCUCCAGAUGGAUGUGAAUAUCAGCAUAUGCGACAAUCAAGUAGUGGACUUGAGAAGUACAAUGACAUUAAAAAAGAAAAAAAAUCACUUGUCAACUCUUCUGAUAGAGGUACAAGCUUAAAGAUAAGAAGCAAGCGAGAGGCUGAUACGGAUGGUUCUAGAGCUUCUAAAAGAAUUAAAAGUGAGGAAUUACAUUUUGAUGAUGAAAAUUGCACUUCCGACAAUGGUGGGACUCCCUCAAAAGCAGGUCGUGCCUCUACCAGUUUGUCAAAUAAUACAUCAGGGGGUGAUCGGCGCAAGUAUAACAAGGAUUUGAGUGGUGAAGCAAAGACAAAUAUGGUCUCAGAAAUGAUGCAUAUUCCAGGUACUUCAGACAAUGGUUCGCUCCGUUCAGGAAAAUGUGAUGAGAAGGAGUCUGUUAGGAAGAGGAAAGCAAAGGAACUACAUGGUUCUCAAACUCAUCCAGAACCCAUAUCUAGUUCAGGACGUCACCUAGACUCUGGUGAUUUUAUGGAAGAAAUGUGUGAAAGUGAUCACCGGAAAGAAAAGAAAGCUAGAGUUUCAAAGUCGGGGGGAAAAGACACUGAUGGAACCAGAGCUAGUGUAGGAACUGAGAGAAAAAGUAGGGGUAUGAAGGACCAGCAUAAUGGGCAGUAUCUAUGCAACACUCAGGCGGCGGAUUAUUUGAAAAGUGAUGUGGGUUCUUUACAGCCUCCAGUUGCUGCCAAUUCCAGCUCUUCCAAGGUAUCUGGCUCACAUAGAAACAAAACGAGUGGCCAGGAAGUUAAAGGUUCCCCGGUUGAAUCAGUUUCUUCAUCUCCUUUGCGAUUCCCCAAGGCUGAGAAGGUUACAUCAACUAGCAAGAAACUUCUUGGUAAAGAUGAUUUUCGUGAUUCUGGUUCUCUAGCUGCUGCUAGUCCAAGAAGGCUUUCAUGUGGUGAAGAGGGGAGGAAUGACCGAACAGGAGCGGUGAAAAAUGAUGCAAUGCUCACUGUCAAUGAUCAUGCUACUGAUGUCUAUAAUGAUCAUUUGGGUCAGAGUAAUCAGUAUGCUAGUGUAAAACAACAUUUUGAUCAAUGUAAAUCUGAAGAGAGACCAAAUACCAACAAAUCUCAUAAUAGUGGAUCUCACUCGAAGAAAUCUGGGAAGGGGUUGUCUUCUCAUUCUAAAGACAAGACUCAUGCUUCUGGAUCUGAAUUAGAUAAAUUUAAUAGCAAGGCUUCUGAUCCUUCACAUGAUUCUUUGGAUCAAGUGCAUUUGUAUGAGGAGAAGUCAAAGAGUAGAAGAAACAAGCCCGACGAUAAAUCUGGCACUCCUAGUAAGGGUGAUAAGCUUGUUUGCAAGAAAGAUACAGCUGGAGGAACAUCAGGAGAGAGCAGUAAAGGACAAAGCCAAAAGAAACUUGGUCAUGAUGGACAGGAUGCUAUCAAAAACCACGAUAAGAAGCAUAAUCUUCAAUCGGAGCAUGGCAAUGAGAAAUUACCCAAGAAAAGCAACCAGGCUGAACUAUGUGGGAGUGGGAAGUCAAACUCACUUCCACCAUUGGCAAGAGUUCAGACUGAGACUGCUGCCAGUAUCCACCCUGUUUCUGUAUCUAAGAAGGAAAUUGGUGUAAAAUGUUUGACAGAUGAUGCAACUGAUAAUGUAGAUGCCCCAAAGGCACCAAACCAGAGACAGAAAGCUGAAAACACAAAUGGAAAACCUAUAAGGCAUCCUACUCCAAAUUCUCAUAGGGUUCGGGAUGUUGAAGCUUCAAGUCCUGUUCGAAGGGAUUCCUCUAGUCAUGCUGCUAAUAAUGCUUUAAAAGAGGCAAAGGACCUCAAACACCUGGCUGAUCGUCUUAAGAAUAAUGGAUCCACCGACAGCAAUGGUUUUUACUUCCAAGCUGCACUCAAAUUCCUCCACGGAGCCUCUUUGUUGGAAUCUGGAAGCAGUGAAUCCACAAAGCAUAAUGACUUGAUGCACUCAAUGCAUAUAUAUAGUAGCACUGCAAAGCUCUGCGAGUUUUGUGCCCAUGAAUAUGAAAAGUCGAAGGACAUGGCUGCUGCUGCUUUGGCGUAUAAAUGCAUGGAGGUUGCUUACAUGCGAGUUAUAUAUUCGUCACAUACCAGUGCAAACAGGGACCGGAAUGAGUUGCAGACAGCUCUACAAAUUGUCCCCCCUGGCGAAUCUCCUUCCUCCUCUGCCUCUGAUGUUGACAACUUGAACCACCAAGCAGCUUCAGACAAGGCUGCCUUAGCCAAAGUUGUCGGUUCUCCUCUAGUUUCUGGAAGCCAUAUAAUCACUUCACGGAGUCGUUCUGGUUUCUUGCGUAUUCUAAACUUUGCACAGGAUGUUAACUUUGCAAUGGAAGCCUCAAGGAAAUCAAGAAUUGCUUUCACAGCGGCUACUUCAAGACUUGGAGAAACCUCGCAUAAGGAGGGUAUCUCUUCACUAAAAAAGGCGCUUGAUUUCAACUUCCAAGAUGUUGAGGGUUUGUUGCGCCUUGUUCGGGUUGCAAUGGAAGCCAUCAACCGUUGAACUGCCUCUGGCAUUUUUCCAAUUUUGGUCUCCACAUUCUACAUGGGAUCUAGGAGGAAAAACAAUUCAAAAGAUCUCCUUCUCACUGAAUAAUAUGCAAUGCAUCCUAUCACCCGUUCCAUCAGGAUAUCACCCUUGUAAAUCUGUACAGUUAUACUUGAGUUCACAAUGCCUCUUUCAUUAUUUAAUACAGCUGCCUUUUGACAAGAAUAAGGGCCUCAAUUCAAUUGGUAAAGACUUCUGCAUGGUGCAUGAUCGAGUAUAUGACUGAAGAAAUGACCUUCAUUCAGUUGAUCCAAAGCCCAUCUGAAUCAUUUAGAGAUGGUGGAACUUGAGUACAUAUCGCCUCCCAUGUUUUGAUACAGGACUGUUACAAGGUGAUCCCGAACCGCAAUCUAUGGAAGUUGGAUCCUAGGAGGACUUAGGGUCAGGACUCUUGCAAUUCAUCCCUAGCUCAUAAGUCAAAGUUGCCCCUGGUGACUUGCCCAGAUCCAGCAAAAUUUAGUCAAGGAAAGAGGAUUACAUCAUCAGGUUUGGUCAUGCAUUUUCCACUCUUGCCCCUGAUUGAAUCUGCCUUAUAUGUCAACAUAGAUGGAAUAAGUUGCCGAAAUAUGUUUAUCUGGAUUGAACAAUAAUAUAGUAAGUCAUUUAUACUUCCAGAUGAUGAAUGUGUUGGAAGUGAUACGCGAAGGUGUAUACGUGAGUAUUAUGAGUAGUGGAUUCUCUAGCAAUUACAGAAAGGUCUUCGUCCAUUUGAGUUUCUCCAAAAUCCUUAAGCCAAAAUCAGUGAAGCAAUGCAACUCCUUGUUCCAGUGGCCUUCUGGAUAGUGAUGCUCAAUAACGUCUGCAAUUGUUAGGUGCCAGGUAACAGGAGAUGCAUCAGGAUUCUGAAGAGUACAUAUAGGUCAAUUUAAUUUGUCUUUAUUCUUGUGAAAGUUUGGGCUUUCUAACCUCUUUGUUUUGGACCAAUUUUGUGGCAAGUUUUGCAUUCCAUUUUCCUGUAAAUUUUGAAAGAUUUUACUUUUCCUGUAAAGAUAUCUCCCGUGGAGAGGAUUACAUCAAAGAAAACAAAACCCUCUAUUCAGUAAAUAUGUUUGGUUUCCCUAA